AUGAGGAUGUCAUCCACAUACUGCAAUAUCUUUCCUUCUUCUGGGGGAGCCUCCCAGGAAUCCAGAUCUUUGGCAAGUUGCUCCCCAAACAGGGCUCCAGAAGGUGAAUCUCAACCUGUUACUGAAGUGGACCUCUUCAUUUCUACACUGAGAAUAAAAGUAUUGAAUGCAGACACACAGGAAAUUAUGAUGGAUCAUCUUCUGAGGACCAUUUCUUACAUCUCGGAUAUAGGGAAUAUAGUUGUCCUGAUGGCUCGCAGACGAAUGCUGGAAUCAAAUUCACAGGAAAAUGUGGAAGCAUCUCAUGCCUCCCAAGAUGGAAAAAGGCAAUACAAAAUGAUUUGCCACAUCUUUGAGUCUGAAGAUGCACAGCUGAUUGCACAGUCUAUAGGUCAAGCAUUCAGUAUGGCCUACCAGGAAUAAUCAAAUGGAAUCAAUCCAGAAGAUCUAAGUCAGAAGGAAUAUAGUGACUUGCUCAAUACCCAAGACAUGUACAAUGAUGACCUGAUUCAUUUUUCCAAAUCUGAAAACUGCAAAGAUGUUUACAUUGAAAAGCAAAAGGGAGAAAUUAUAGGUGUAGUGAUUGUGGAAUCUGGCUGGGGAUCCAUUUUGCCUACAGUUAUCAUAGCCAAAAUGAUGCAUGGAGGACCAGCAGAGAAGUCUGGGAAACUAAAUAUAGGGGACCAGAUCAUGUCAAUUAAUGGGACCAGUUUGGUUGGCUUACCACUCUCAACGUGCCAGAGCAUUAUAAAGGGUAUAAAAAACCAAGCCAAAGUUAAACUGAAUGUAGUUAGAUGUCCUCCAGUCACCACAGUCUUGAUCAGGAGACCUGACCUCAGAUACCAGUUAGGCUUCAGUGUACAAAAUGGGAUUAUCUGUAGCCUUAUGAGAGGAGGUAUAGCAGAACAAGGAGGAGUGCGAGUUGGCCAUCGUAUCAUUGAAAUCAAUGGGCAGAGUGUUGUAGCAACAUCUCAUGAGGAAAUUGUUCACAUUCUCUCUAAUGCUGUUGGUGAGAUUCAUAUGAAGACCAUGCCAGCUGCUAUGUACAGACUGUUGACUGCGCAAGAGCAACCAGUUUAUAUCUGA